AUGCUAGUUUUUAAUGCGCAAUGUAUUUGCGCCAGUAAGCCUGUGAUUGUUCAUACACAGUACGGUGAUGUAUUAGGUUAUCAAACUGAUUCGGCUCGUGUCUUCUAUGGUAUUCCAUUUGCUCGACCACCUAUUGGAACAUUGAGAUGGCAGCCUCCAAUACCUGUCACUAAAUGGUAUCCCAACGUGAUCAACGCUACCCAAUCACCACCUGCUUGUGCUCAACCAGCAAGUGCUAUAACUACUAUUGUCACUCCAAGUGUACUGGGUUUUUUGGCAACCGGAAACGGUUCCAAUGAUAUCAGAGGUAAUUAUGGCAUACUCGAUCAACGUCUGGCUAUUGCAUGGAUCAAAGCCAAUAUUGAAGCAUUCGGUGGAGAUUCAAAUGAGAUUACACUAUUCGGUCAAAGUGCUGGUGCUCAGUCUAUUGCUCUGCAUUAUGUUACAAAUGAGAUGCAGCCAUUCUUUCAGCGAGCAAUUAUCCAAAGUGCACCAAUGACAGUUCCAUUCAGAACAUACCUCGAAUAUGUCACACCCAGUGUUCUCUUUGCUGAACAACUACAUUGUGAUAUUGGCGAUAUAGCAUGUUUUCGAAACCGUUCUACCGACGACAUCAUUGCUGCUCAAAAUACUGUGAAUGGCAUGUUGACUUCAUUGAAUGUUCUGCUCUUCUUCGAACCAUGGCUACCCGUUAUUGACAAUGUGAUUGUUCAUGGCCAACUUAUAGAUACUGUGUACAAUACAUCAUUUCCUCUGAAACCAUUAAUUAUUGGUACAGUCACUGAAGAAUGUCGAGAUUUUAUUUAUGGAAAAUGGCAAAAACCGAUCUCGCCUAGUGAAUAUAUUGCAAUAGCCCUAGUCAUUUUUCAGGAAAAGGCAUUCAAAAUUCUCAAGAAAUAUCCGCCAGUCGGUUCAGGCGACCAACGACCGCUUGUAUCUCGUGCUGCCACACAAUGGGUGUUUGCUUGUUCGACUAGAGUCUUUGCUCGAAAAGGUGCAACGUAUUCUUACGUUUUUGGUUAUCCAUAUGAUACGGAAAAUUUGAGAAAUCGGAUAGAAUGCAGUGAUCAUGCCUGUCAUGCUGAUGAAAUACCCUUUCUUUUUGAAUCAUCUUGGGCAAAUUUUACUGAUGCCGGUCGACGUGUAUCUCAAAUUGGAUCAACAACAAGUUUUGAUUGGAUUACACGAAUUCAAACAAUUGUUCAAAAUUCUAAUAGUGAAACAAUUAGUUUUGAUAAACUUAAAAAAGAAUUAAUCAAACCUGAUUCAAAUAAAUCAACAAAAGAAUUAACAAUUGAACUUGAAAAAAAAUUAACCAAAGCUCCAUUUAUUACACGAAUUGGAAAUGAUAUUUAUUAUCUUUAUUAUUUUAAAAAUGAAAAGAUUAAUACAUAUUUAUGA